AUGAGCUUGCGUUCACCAUCCUUAAACUUGAGAAAUACUAGUAAUGGAUACUAUAACAAAUAUAAUGGAAGCGUUUUAAGUAAUAACUCAAUCAACAGCUUGAACGGAAAUAAUCAAUUUUACAAUACUGAUAAGCAAACUAAUUAUACUUCAAGAUAACAUAGUGCAAGCAACCAUAACCAUUUGGCUACAAGUGGAAAUGGGAACUAUUUUUUAAGUCUCAGAAAUAUACCUUAUUGCACAAAGCCAAAGCAUUAAAGUGAAAAGAUUAUUCGUGUCUGCGUUUAGCCAGAAUGCAAUGAUUUAGAUAGACUCUUAUGUGGUCACUGUAUUAUUUAUCAUGCAACUCAUCCAGCUAAACUAAUUUCCAUCUAAGAAUUUGUUGAAAAAUGUUCCUUAAGACACAAAGAAGUUAAUCUUAAUUAAUUGAGUGAAAAUUCAGUUGAAGAAUAGCUAGUUAACCAAAUAGAAAACAGAUUCUAAAAAAUUAGAGAAGAAUUCUAUGCUUUCUUGAUGGAAUAAUAAGUUGCUCUUAUAAGUAGAUUUAGAAAUAUAUUAGGAUUUUCACGCGAUUUUAAUCUCUCUUACCUGCAGGAAAUAGAAGGAAAGAAUAUCUAAGACUUGACAAAACCAGAAUGGGAUUUAAUUAUCAACCUGUAUUGGAAAGACGAUAUCGAUAAUGCCUUAGCUGUUAAAGAUGAAUGUAUAAGACAGGUAUCAGAAAAUAUCAAGAAAAAUUUUGACAUUAUUGAAGCAGUGUCAAAAGAUAAUCAGAAUCACAUUCUUGGAGAAGUCAAUCAAAUGAUGAAAAUGGCACAAGAAGAAGUCAAGCGUAAAAAUGCUCCUGUUAACAUGAAUAAUUUAGAUUAAUGGAAUAAAAAUUAUGAAAGAAGAAUUCUUCUUGAGGACAAAAAUAUGAACAUUAGAAAAAUUGAGGAUGAACUUGCUCGCUUAAAUAGACAAUUGUAAGAGCAAAAAGAUGGAUUAGAAUAGUUAUAAAUGGAAAUACUUAAGCAUGAUAAUCGCCUAAAGGAAAUAAAAGAAAAAGAAUCUUACAUAAAAUAUGAAUUAGAAAAGUUAUAGAGCGGUAACACUCCAAGUGGUAGAGAUGAAGUUGAGUAAUUAAAGGAUGAACUUUCAGAAAUUUAAAAGAAGAUAGAUCUGGUAACAUAACAUACUUAAGACUAUCAAAAUGAGAUGAAUAGAAAGAUUGAAAACCUAAAAAAGAAAAGAAAUGAGCUUAAAUAAGCUUUGGCUACUGAUUUUACUUAAGCAGGAGAGGCUGAUAAAUAGCAGUAAUUAGAUAAAAUAGAUUAAGAAAUAUAAAAAACAUAGUUAGGUCUAGCAAAAACUAAAAAGUAAUUAGAUAGUGAAAGAGGUAGCUUACUGCUUCAGCGUGAAGACAUGAUGAAAGAUUUAGAACGUAAAUAAUAAUCAAAAGAUUAAUAAAUUAUACAGCUUAAGUAAGAGAAAUAAAAAUUGUAUGAUGAAAGAAUGAGAAUAGAUGGCGCUUUAGAUGGCUUGAGGAAAAAAUUAGUUUAAAAGGAAGGAUCUUUAAGAGAAUUAAAGAGUGAAAUUAAGAAAAAAGAAUGGAUAGUCAUAUAAGAGAAAGCUGAGUCAGAGUAGUUAUAAAUUGAUAUGAAGCAGGUAGAGGACAAUACUUCAACAGAUUACAAUACAGAUUCUACUGGUGGAUAUAUGUGA